AUGGUUGACGAUGCGGCCCUCGCCGCUGCGGCUGCGAUUGUCGCUUCGAUAGCCCCAGAUACCCGACCGCCUAAUUCGAUACCGGUUGGCGUAGCUUCCCAGGUGCAACUCCCAGGACCAGAUACUCCCGCCAAGCGUAAGCUUGAAUUGGAGCUGCAAAACCUCGCUUUGCGUGUCGGAAAGCUCGAGAGCCAGGCCUCAGCUGCUUCUCCGUUUCCAGAAACGCCCAACGAGGUUAUUGACACUCUUUUUGGCGAAGAGGCUCUUACGGUGGCGGCUCGCCCCAAGCCUAAAGUCUUUCACGCCCAAGGUAGCCUGCACACUCCGCAUCUGCCAUCUUAUCAGCUGACCGAAGAAGCCCUCGAAGGACUUCGAGAACAUGUGGACGAUCAGUCCAAGUUGCUCGACAGUCAGCGCCAGGAGCUCGCGGGUGUUAAUGCCCAGCUGAUGGAGCAGAAGCAGCUGCAAGAGCGAGCCCUCGAGAUACUCGAGCAGGAACGUAUUGCUACCUUGGAGCGUGAGCUCUGGAAGCACCAAAAGGCCAACGAAGCAUUCCAAAAGGCUCUGCGCGAAAUCGGCGAGAUCGUUACCGCUGUUGCUCGUGGUGAUUUGACCAUGAAGGUUCGCAUGAACACUGUUGAAAUGGACCCUGAGAUUACAACAUUCAAACGCACUAUCAACGCUAUGAUGGAUCAACUGCAAAUAUUUGCUAGCGAAGUCUCGCGAGUGGCUCGUGAAGUUGGUACCGAAGGUUUGCUGGGCGGUCAAGCCCGCAUCGGUGGUGUUGAUGGAACAUGGAAAGAACUGACUGACAACGUGCGAGAAAUUGCAUCUGUUACAACCGCCGUAGCCAAUGGCGACCUGACCAAGAAGAUCGAAAAACCUGCUCGGGGCGAGAUAUUACAACUACAACAAACCAUCAACACCAUGGUAGAUCAACUACGAACGUUUGCUUCUGAAGUCACCCGUGUAGCAAGAGAUGUCGGAACCGAAGGCAUGCUAGGUGGGCAAGCCGAUGUUGGGGGAGUGCAGGGCAUGUGGAACGAUCUCACUGUCAACGUCAACGCCAUGGCCAACAAUUUGACGACUCAAGUGCGCGACAUUAUCAAGGUUACCACAGCUGUCGCCAAGGGAGACUUGACCCAAAAGGUUCAAGCCGACUGCAGGGGAGAGAUUUUCGAGCUCAAGUCGACCAUCAACUCCAUGGUUGACCAACUACAACAAUUUGCUCGUGAGGUCACGAAAAUUGCCCGUGAAGUCGGCACAGAAGGACGCUUGGGAGGUCAAGCUACAGUGCACGAUGUCGAAGGUACCUGGAGAGAUCUGACGGAGAACGUCAACGGCAUGGCCAUGAACCUGACCACUCAAGUGCGAGAAAUUGCCAAGGUCACCACUGCGGUCGCCAAGGGUGAUUUGACAAAAAAGAUUGGGGUCGAGGUCAAGGGUGAAAUCGCAGAGCUGAAAAACACCAUCAACCUGAUGGUGGACCGACUUGGUACAUUUGCUGUUGAAGUGAGCAAGGUGGCCAGGGAAGUAGGCACGGAUGGAACCCUUGGUGGACAGGCUCAAGUAGCCAACGUCGAAGGCAAAUGGAGGGAUCUCACAGAAAACGUCAACACGAUGGCAUCAAAUCUCACCGCUCAGGUCAGGAGUAUUUCGACCGUCACACAAGCCAUUGCGAACGGCGAUAUGAGCCAGAAGAUCAAAGUCGAAGCAAAUGGAGAGAUACAAGUGUUGAAAGAAACCAUCAAUAACAUGGUUGACCGUCUGUCUAGCUUCUGCUAUGAAGUGCAACGAGUUGCCAAAGAUGUGGGUGUCGAUGGAAAGAUGGGCGCUCAAGCCGACGUGGGCGGUUUGGAUGGUCGCUGGAAAGAAAUCACCACAGAUGUCAACACCAUGGCUAGCAAUUUGGCAUCAGGCGAGAUGGACGAGCUCAAACGAAAGAUCAACCAGAUGAUUUCAAACCUGCGUGAUUCUAUUCAGCGCAACACUCAAGCCAGAGAAGCUGCCGAACUUGCCAAUAAGACAAAGUCUGAAUUCCUGGCCAACAUGUCCCACGAAAUCCGAACACCGAUGAACGGCAUUAUAGGAAUGACCCAACUUACAUUAGACACCGAUCUGACUCAAUAUCAAAGGGAGAUGCUUAACAUUGUCAAUAAUCUUGCCAACAGCCUCCUGACGAUCAUUGACGACAUUUUGGAUCUUUCCAAAAUCGAGGCUCGGCGAAUGGUGAUUGAGGAAAUCCCCUACACAUUGCGAGGAACUGUCUUCAACGCCCUCAAGACUCUCGCCGUCAAGGCAAACGAGAAGUUUUUGGACCUCACCUACAUGGUCGACAGCUCUGUGCCAGAUUAUGUUAUUGGUGAUUCUUUCCGUCUCAGACAAAUCAUCCUUAACCUUGUUGGCAAUGCUAUCAAGUUCACAGAGCAUGGUGAGGUCAGCCUGACAAUCAAAGAGAGCAUGGGACAAAGCCACGUCCGACCUGGUGAAUAUGCGGUUGAGUUUGUCGUGCAAGAUACGGGCAUAGGAAUUGCUCAGGAUAAACUGGAUCUGAUUUUCGACACAUUCCAACAAGCGGAUGGUUCCAUGACUCGCAAGUUUGGUGGAACCGGUCUAGGUCUGUCCAUUUCGAAGCGACUUGUUAACCUCAUGGGUGGUGAUCUUUGGGUCAAUAGUCAGCAUGGCAAGGGCAGCGAAUUCCACUUUACAUGCCUGGUCAAACUCGCCCCUGACGACGCCGCUUUGAUUGAGCAACAGAUCCGCCCAUACCGAGGUCACCAGGUGCUAUUUGUCGACAAGGCGCAAUCUCAGAACGCUGCGUCGAUCAAGCCCAUGCUGGAGAAGAUUGGCCUCAAGCCUGUUGUUGUUGAUUCAGAGAAGAGCCCUGCCUUGGCCCGCCUGCAUACCGGUGGCUCCCUUCCCUACGAUGCUAUCCUAGUUGAUUCUAUCGACACUGCGAGAAGGCUAAGAGCUGUGGACGAUUUCAAGUAUCUCCCUAUCGUUCUGCUCGCGCCUGUUGUUCACGUUAGCUUGAAGUCGUGCUUAGAUUUGGGAAUCACGUCGUACAUGACGACGCCGUGCAAACUCAUCGACCUAGGAAACGGCAUGAUUCCUGCUCUUGAAAACCGAGCUACCCCCUCACUAGCCGAUAACACCAAAUCUUUCGAAAUUCUGCUUGCUGAGGACAACACUGUCAAUCAGCGAUUAGCAGUCAAGAUCCUCGAGAAAUACCAUCAUGUGGUGACCGUGGUAGGUAACGGUUGGGAGGCCGUCAAAGCUGUUCAAAGCAAGAAGUUUGAUGUCAUUCUUAUGGAUGUCCAAAUGCCAAUCAUGGGAGGUUUUGAGGCCACUGGCAAGAUUCGAGAGUAUGAGCGUGGCAUAGGAAGCCACCGCACACCUAUCAUUGCUCUUACGGCCCACGCCAUGAUGGGCGAUCGAGAGAAAUGCAUUCAAGCUCAAAUGGACGAGUAUUUGUCCAAACCUCUACAGCAAAACCAUCUCAUUCAGACCAUCCUCAAGUGUGCUACUCUUGGUGGUCCAUUGCUUGAGAAGAACCGUGAACGCGAGCUGGCGCUGCACGCCGAAACGAAAUCCAAGCACAAGGAGGGAGGCCAGGGUUUGCUGCGGCCGACACUUGAGAGUCGAGCUUUCACGAGUCGAGAGCCUCUCCUGGGCAAUGGCAAGGAGAGUCCUGCCAUUAUUGCAACUGACGAGGAUCCCAUGGCAAGAGCACGUCUUGACCUUUCUGAUAUGAGAAGUCUGACCAACUAA